AAGACAGCUCGCUUCACAUCAUUGUGAAGCGGCAAGGAGAGACAGAUAGCGCUUCCUGAAAGUCCGUUCCCGAAAAAAUGCGUUAUUGCCUGACUCCUUAAGAUUUGAGCAAACAAAGUGUUUGAAAUUAAUCGUAAAUUACCUGUUCAUCAGAAUAACAAAAACAAAUGGAGCAUUCGGUGCCCAAAAAUAAGCUGAAGAAACUCAGUGAAGACAGUCUCACCAAGCAGCCAGAGGAAGUGUUUGAUGUCCUUGAAAAGCUUGGAGAAGGAUCAUAUGGCAGUGUUUUUAAAGCCAUUCACAAGGAAUCAGGCCAGGUUGUGGCCAUUAAACAGGUUCCUGUCGAAUCAGACCUGCAGGAGAUCAUCAAAGAGAUCUCCAUAAUGCAGCAAUGCGACAGUCCUUAUGUGGUGAAGUACUAUGGCAGCUAUUUCAAGAACACAGAUCUGUGGAUCGUGAUGGAGUACUGUGGCGCUGGAUCCGUGUCUGAUAUCAUCAGACUGCGCAACAAAACACUCACAGAGGAUGAGAUCGCCACAGUCCUCAAAUCCACCUUGAAAGGUCUGGAGUAUCUCCAUUUCAUGAGGAAAAUCCACAGGGACAUCAAAGCAGGGAAUAUUCUCCUCAACACGGAGGGCCAUGCUAAACUAGCUGAUUUCGGAGUGGCUGGACAACUUACUGACACAAUGGCGAAGAGGAACACCGUUAUAGGAACACCCUUCUGGAUGGCCCCUGAAGUAAUCCAGGAAAUCGGCUACAACUGUGUUGCAGAUAUCUGGUCUCUCGGCAUCUCAUCCAUAGAAAUGGGCGAAGGAAAGCCUCCUUAUGCAGACAUUCAUCCAAUGAGAGCUAUUUUUAUGAUCCCCACAAACCCUCCACCCACUUUCCGCAAGCCAGAGCUGUGGAGUGACGAAUUCACAGAUUUUGUGAAGAAAUGUCUGGUGAAGAACCCAGAGCAGAGAGCGACAGCCACUCAAUUGCUGCAGCAUCCAUUUAUAACCAGUGCUAAGCCGGUGAGCAUCCUGCGGGACCUGAUCACAGAUGCCAUGGAGAUGAAGGUCAAGAAACAACAGGAGCAGCAGAGAGAGCUGGAGGAGGAGGAUGAGAACUCGGAUGAUGAAGUGGAAGUGGAUUCCCACACCAUGGUGAAGUCUGGUUCAGAGAGCGCUGGCACCAUGAGAGCCAGCGGCACUAUGAGCGACGGCGCUCAGACCAUGAUCGAGCACGGCGGCACCAUGCUGGAGUCUGAUCUGGGAACCAUGGUGAUCAACAGCGACGAUGAAGAUGAGGAAGAUUUCGGCUCGAUGAAGAGGAACCCUACAUCUCAGGAAAUACAGCGUCCAUCCUUCAUGGACUACUUUGACAAACAAGCCUCAAAUAAAGCACAAGAGGGUUACAAUCACAACCAACAGGACCCGUGUUUAAUUUCCAAGACCGCUUUCCCUGAUAAUUGGAAAGUUCCGCAAGAUGGAGAUUUUGAUUUUCUGAAAAACCUCGAUUUUGAGGAGCUCCAGAUGCGGCUUGCUGCUCUGGACCCCAUGAUGGAGCGAGAGAUUGAAGAACUGCGGCAGCGCUAUACGGCCAAGAGGCAACCCAUCCUUGACGCCAUGGAUGCAAAGAAACGCCGGCAGCAGAACUUCUAACCGACUUCACAGAUGCUGUAGCUUCAAAGCUGGCUGGCCAGAUCUUAUGUCCCCUCCUGUGUUCAGUCUUUGUACUGACGCUUCUUAUUCUAGACUCCUGCUGUUUGUACAUUUUGAAGAAGGUCCCAGUGGACGUAUAAAACAUAAAAUUACUAUUUUCUUUUAUUAAUUCAAAUUCACAAUAUUAGGAA